CCCUCUCCGGUGGCUAAUGAGCAGGCGCGUGGCGCCUUGCUUCGGUGAGCCGCGGUGAUAAGGCCCUGGGGUGCGGGUGGGGAACGUUCCGGGCUCGGUGCUAGCUGGGACGGUACCGGAGGUUCCGCCGCGGGAGAUCCCUGGUUGUCCCGGAAAUGCUUUCGGCCGGCACCAACAUGGCUGCGGCCCUGCGAGCUGCAGGCGCCCUGCUCCGCGAGCGGCUUCCCUCUCUGCCGAUGGAGGUCAUUGGAUGCCCACCGCUGCUCCGUUCUGACCAUCGGCAUCUCGUCUGGCAGCAGGACCCAUCCUGGGGCAGCCAGAGUUUUCUAGGGAUAUUUGCAAAACAAAUGAGACCUCACGUGGAGUUGGUACACACUGUGGACAUAGAUUGUGCUCAUUGGAUGAACUGAUGGGACGCUGGGUCAGCUACAGCUGGUUGGGGCAGAAUUGAGCAAGGACACUGAACCAGCGUCCCAACUUAAUGCAAAUGAAGAAAAGUGAUAGAAGUUUUCCAUGAAAAGUAGGACAUGGGUGAAGCAGAGACAGUGCUUAGCACACAGUGGGUACAUCGAGACUCUCAAAGUGUCCAGUUAUUGACGUAAAAGGCUGCCACAAGCGGGAUGCAUGUUUAAUGCAUCAGAAGAGUGGUUAGACACAAACCUGACCUAUUUUAAAGGAAUUUCCUAAUCUGCCAAUUUGGCACCUACUUGGAGUGGAGAGAGUGUACUCUGGACCUUGGCAUGUUAUUGCAUGUAUCUUUGCUAUGAGAAUAUUAAGAACUCAAGGUACAAUGAAGAUCAGCUCACUAAGCACACUGGGAACAAAAGGCAUUAUCUUUAAGAGGCAGGAGCAGUGUCAUUAAUGGGCUGAAAGAAGUACGGAGUUAAUCUUUUCUUUCACCAAUCUUUCCAGUGGCAAAUAAAGUCCGACAGACCCCAGAUUGGAGGUCAUGGAGCAAUCUGAGAAACGAAAUUAUAUUACUGUUGGUACAUGGCAGCUCGAGGGCCCAUCGGACAUGGAAGUGCCAUUUGGGUACAGCAUCUGCGGCAGCUACCACAGAGCCAGUUCAUCGACUCAAAAGUGCAAAACCUGAAGCUCAACCGGAAAAGAGGAAGCCCAAAACCGGAAUCUUAAUGCUAAACAUGGGAGGCCCCGAAACCCUUGGAGAAGUCCACGACUUCCUACUGAGGCUUUUCUUGGACAGAGACCUCAUGACACUUCCUAUUCAAAAUAAGCUGGCACCAUUCAUCGCCAAACGCCGAACUCCCAAAAUUCAAGAGCAGUAUCGCAGGAUUGGAGGUGGAUCCCCCAUCAAGAUGUGGACUUCUAAGCAAGGAGAAGGCAUGGUGAAGCUGCUAGAUGAGCUGUCCCCCAACACAGCACCUCACAAAUACUAUAUUGGAUUCCGGUACGUCCAUCCUUUAACUGAAGAAGCAAUUGAAGAGAUGGAGAGAGAUGGACUGGAAAGGGCCAUUGCUUUCACACAGUAUCCACAGUAUAGCUGUUCCACCACAGGCAGCAGCUUAAAUGCCAUUUACAGAUACUAUAAUGAGGUGGGAAGGAAGCCCACCAUGAAGUGGAGCACAAUUGACAGGUGGCCCACGCACCCCCUCCUCAUCCAGUGCUUUGCAGACCACAUUUUGAAGGAACUGGACCAUUUUCCACUGGAGAAGAGAAGUGAAGUCGUCAUCCUGUUUUCUGCCCACUCACUGCCAAUGUCUGCUGUCAACAGAGGGGACCCCUAUCCCCAGGAGGUAGGUGCCACUGUCCACAAGGUCAUGGAAAGGCUGGGUUACUCCAACUCCUACAGACUGGUUUGGCAGUCCAAGGUUGGUCCAAUCCCCUGGUUGGGUCCUCAAACAGAUGAGGCUAUCCAAGGGCUUUGUGAGAGGGGGAGGAAGAAUAUCCUUUUGGUUCCAAUAGCAUUUACCAGUGACCACAUUGAGACGCUCUAUGAACUGGAUAUUGAAUACUCUCAGGUUUUAGCCAAGAAGUGUGGAGCUGAAAAGAUCCGGAGAGCAGAGUCUCUUAAUGGAAAUCCAUUGUUCUCUAAGGCCCUGGCUGAUUUGGUACACUCGCAUAUCCAGUCAAACAAGAUGUGCUCCAAGCAGUUGACUCUGAGCUGCCCGCUCUGUGUAAAUCCUGUCUGCAGGGAGACUAAAUCCUUCUUCACCAGCCAGCAGCUGUGACCCUGCCCGAGGACCCGUGGGACUACACAGAUGCACAACCUCCGGACACCUUGGAUGGAGCUAAGGAUGCCACUCAGAGAUCAAGCAAGGAAGCUGCAUUAGCCUGUUGGGUACAGGCUAUGAUUUCUUUCCUUUAUUUUUAUUAUUAUUAAAAAAUCUUUUUUGACUUCCCUAUGUAAUCCGUGCUGGCCUUCAACUCUAGGAUCCUCUGCCUUCAUUUCCUGAGUGCAAGGAUUACAAACAUGAGAAACUGUGAUUUCUUGAGGUAUGGACUCUGAAAUUCUCACUGAGAGAUAUCUAUUUUCAUAAACCUGUACAGUCAGCAUUCAUACUCUUUCUGUGUGAAUUUAUUGUUGUGCAGUGUCUAUGGGAACAUUGAAGAAGUGAGCUUUAAAUUUUUAUCUUAUGAGAUACACAUUUGUUUUAAGUACAAAAUUUGCAUUUAUUGCCCCAAACAACCUCCUAAAAGGAUAUGGAGAGUCCCCUUUGUGGGCUGCCAGUAGUGAGUGGGAUGUUCAUAGUCUCAUGGAUAUAACUGUAGUUUCUUAAAUGAAUAUAGUUAAAUUUAUGAAAUAUAAUCUGUAAAACAAAGGUUGGACUGAGGGUGUUGCUUAGAGGUCGUGUGCUUACCUAGUAUGUGUAGGGCUCUCGGCUUGAUGCCCAGCCCUGCAUGCAUACAGAUAUUACCUGCCCUUUCCCUAUGCCAGUGGGUAACAGAAUGCUGGCGAGUCGGUGUGGUCACCCACCAUAGCUUCUCUUGCCAGUGUGGCCACUGUUUCUUGUUCAUUGUGGUGUUUAUGGAAGAGUCUCACUUUCCUCUCCUGAAACUGAAUCAAGAGCAGAUUUCAAAAGUGCUCUGAGAUUCCCCAGGCACAUAGGCUAAUAAACGUGGAAAAAUUCAGUUUUUGCCGCACAUGCCUUGGUUUGAGUCCAUGGUGCCUCCGGGAAGGGGGCUCCGGCUGCUCUCUGUCUCCAAGGACAGUGCUGCCAGGAAAUACUACUGAUGGGCUUGUCUUUAAACUUCCCCUGAGCCUAAGGAACCUUUCCAGACAGCAUCUUCUUGAUCUUAGUUGAAUGUCUCUCCUUUCUGCCUAUUUGUUUGAGAAUUAUUUUAUAGUCAACUAAAUUUGGUAACCUUGAAUUGUCUUCAUUUCCAGGUUUUUAUUAUGAAAAUGAUGUAGCCAUAGAAUAGGACAUUUGUAAAACACAGAGAGGAGAAAUACCCACUUGAAUGCAGCAUUUAGCAUAACUUUAUUCUAGUUUUUUCCUGUGGGUUUUUUAAAAAAAAUAUUUUUGUUAAUUUCUUGAGAAUGUCAUCCAUGCAUGCAACUUAUUAUUAUAUUGUGAUCAUAUCCCCCCUCCCCUAAUGUUGUGGAUAUUCUUGAUGUCAUUGUCAGCUUGAAUUUGUGAGUGAAAAGGUUAAAAAAAUAUAGAAAUUAUGUUGGAGCAGAAUCUGAUCUUCUGUAUGUGGAUUAAAUAGAUUAAAACGUUUGAUGGGUCCUUGAAGAAUUUGUAAUAAUCCCUUUUUUAAAACUUUGUUCUUCAAAAAGAGAAAUUCUUUGAUUUUUCAAACCAGUUCAUAAAGUGGAAGUGAUUAGGGAAUGCAUAGAUCUUCUGUACUCAGGAUUUCCUAUUAAUGAACAUUAUGACAUCAUUAAGGCUUUAGCCUGUUUGAUUUGCAGUCUAUUAAAGCUGAUCAAAAAUGA